AUGACAAUUGUGCUCAACGUGACACUGCUAAGUGGACGCAGCUUCUCCAUUGCAGCCUCGCCAGAGAGCAAAAUACAAGAGUUGAGAUGGCAGGUGCAGAAGGAGAGAGGCAUCUCCAUCCGACAGUUUGUGGCCCAUGGUCACGCCUUGGCAGCAGGGACUCUGGAUGAGAACGGCCUCAAAGACGGCGAGGAUUUACUGGCUGUCCUUGGCAGCGCACAGCUUGUGGCAAGUCGGCAUUGUGAUGACUUUGCCUUGAUAAAGGCUGAUGGCACAGUGCAUGCAUGGGGUCGCUGGAGAAUCGAUGGACCCUUCCAGAGGAAGCUGGUCGAUGUUCAGCACAUCACUGCCAACAAAGCAGCUGUGGCUGCCAUCGUCUCGAACGGUGAGGUCGUGACGUGGGGCAGCGAUGGCUCCGGAGGGAAUUCCUACACGGUCGCUGCGCAACUGUUUCAGAUCCAGGAAGUGGUGGCCACGAUUCAUGCCUUUGCAGCAAGACGGGCAGAUGGCAAAGUCAUUUCUUGGGGAUGGCCGAACUAUGGAGGCGAUUCCGAAGAGGUCCAAGAGCAGCUGGUGAACGUCCAAUCCGUGACCGCUUCCAAGUACUCCUUUGCCGCCUUGAAAUCCGAUGGCACGGUGGUGACCUGGGGUGAAGGUGCUUGUGGCGGGGACAGCAGCGCCGUGCAGGAGGAGCUGCAGGACAUCAAAGUCAUUGUCGCAACAGCCCGUGCUUUUUCUGCCCUGCGCGGAGAUGGUCGAGUGAUUACUUGGGGCAGAGUGGUGUCUGGUGGAGAAAGCAGAGCUGUCCAGCUGGAGGACAUUCAUCAGAUUUGCGCUUCGCGGAAUGCCUUUUCGGCCGUGAAACACGAUGGAACCCUGGUGACAUGGGGAAAACUGGCAGGUGUUGUACCACCAGCCUUGCCACACCACUGCUGUGAGCUCGUAGCGUCCGACGGUGCCUUUGCCGCUUGCUUGGCGGAGGGUUCCGUCGUGGCCUGGGGCGACCCCCGCUACGGCGGCGCUCCGACGGCGACGACGGCGGCGGAGCUCCGAGAUGUGACCCAACUUUGUGCCUCCAACUACGCCUUCACUGCUUUGCGAGCGGAUGGCACGGCACAGCAUGUGCAGCAUGCGCCUGAUGAUGGAGUGUCACCCCAGUUGAAAGAGCUUCGAUUGCUGGCAGAGUACCUUCGUGGUGGACGUACUGCACCCGCCAAGCGCGAAGAGAAGAUGCCCCAUCCCGCUGCUCGGAUCCAUCGACACCACUCCAAGGAGUCGCCUGCGCCCUGCUGUGCCUUCACGCCGGAGCCCCGCACAGCGGCGCCGCUGCCGCGCCCGCGGGGCGAGCGCGGCGCUGCGGGAGAGUUCCGCGGAGCGCGGCCGAUGGAGGUGCCGCAGCUGGGGACGCCCAGGAGCUUCGAUUGCCAGACAUUGACCCCAACAUCCUGGCACAGUUUUGAGACGCCGCCAGCCACACCCACAGCGGUGCCAAGUCCGACGGUGCCGCCACUCUCGUCUCGGCCCGCCAGAUUGCAGGAGCCACGUUCUGGACGACCCGAACGUCCACCCCCAGUGGCAGUUGACAGGACGCGUGUCGCCACACCAGUGCUGGUCGCGUGCCCACAGUGUGCGAAGCGCCUGUGCAGUCUCAGAGGAUUCUGCCACCCGCCUUCGGCGGCGCGAAGCGAAGCGAACGCACGACGCUCACGAAAGGAUGCGUCGUCCUCACGCCCAACUCCUUGCAGCCGGCAGCGUAGUGUCCACACUCCAGUUCGACGGCCCUGCGAGUGA